AUGGCUGCAAAGCCGCCGCACCUACUAGUCGACUGUCCACCCUCAAGGCACGACGGUGCCGGCGGGAGGCUGCGUCGAGCAUGGAGGAACGACCCCGCCUGCGGCGAAAAAGCAUGCGCGGUGGCCGUUCUGGUCCUCCUCGGCGCGGCCGUGAUCACCGGCCUCACUUUCCUGGGCAUCUUCCUCGACCGCCAGUUCCCGUCAAAGGACCCCGUGUUCACGGUGGCCAUCACGGGCGUCACCGGCCUGGACCCGGCGCGGGACGUCGACCCGCCGCCCUCGCCGGCGGCUGGCAGUAGCCCGCCGCCCCCGACCGCGCUCUCCCCGGUGUUCAACCUGACGUUCCAGAUCGACAACACGCGCAACGCGUACUACAAGGCGUGCUUCCCGGGCCUCUCCAGGGCGGACGUCUCGUACGGGGACGCCUUCCUCGCCGGCGGCUCCGUGCCGCCCUUCUGCGCCGGGGAGAAGCGCCGGAGCGACCCCGUGGCGGCCAGGGCGUGGGGCGAGAACGUCGCGGUGCCGCGGUUCCUCAGGGACCAGCUCGGCGCCGAGCUCGCCGCGGGCGACGCGUCGGUGGACGUCAAGGUGACCAUGCCGACGUACUGUAGGAAAGCCUGGUGCGGCGGCGCCGUGCUCUCCUGCAAGCCCAAGAUCGGAGGCGGGACGUCUCCGGCCUGUCGGCUGGAUUUCAUUUAA